AACCUGAGAGCAACAAGUUGGAAGCAGUUCCCAUGCAGCAGAAGCCAUGGCGCAGGUUAAACAAGACGCUGAUUGUUUACACACCGCGCUGAAGCGGUUUAGGGCGGCGGUGGUAGACAGAAAGCUUGUAUAAACUCUACGUGGCUGAAUGGUAGACAUUUUAAGAAGGGAAUAAAUGACUUGAUUGGAGCACAAAAAAAAGGGAACGUAAAGGAAAGCAAACCAAAAAAAAAAAAAAAUAGAGCUUCCUUUGCCACGUAGGAAACCCCGUUAUUCCUGACUGUUCAUUCCUGAACUAGUGAAGGAAGGAGACCGAGUAAAAAGAGGAAACUGCAGCACAUUCACGCUUUGCUGCCAUGCUGCCAGCUGGUGUUCUGUGUUUAUCGCUGGUCUUCAUGGUCAGCCCCUCCAUGUCCCAUCAACCUUUGACCUCAGGUGAUCCCAAGCAGAAGAUGUUUUCCUCUCAGAGCCACCCCAGCUGGUCCUUAGGGCUGCAAGUGUACAGGACCCUCCGUAGUGAAGGGUCUCACAUCAACACCAUCAUUUCUCCUGUAUUGCUUGCCAACUCACUGAGCGUGUUGAGCCACACAGCCAACGGAGCCACAGCCAGGCAGUUCCAGGAGCUUCUAAAGACUGAAAAGGAUGAGAAACAAGCUGAGAAAUCAUCAUCCAAUCCAUUUAUAUCCAUGAGAAAUGCAAAUGGAACCAGCUACAUCCUGCGUGGUUCCUCAGCUAUCUUCUCCAAACAGGUUCCUACACUAGAGAGCAGCUUCCUGGAGGAGCUACAGGCCCAGUUUGAACUGGACCAUGUGGCUUUAGGUGCAGGGGAUAAACAGGAUGAUAUAGAGAAGAUCAGUUCCUGGGCCAAAAGAGGAAUGGGGGGAGUGAAGCAAAUGCCUCUGAAUGAAGGGCCAGAUGCUAAAGAAGGAGCGCUGAUCCUGGCCAGUGCACUACACUUUAAAGGGUUUUGGGAUCAUGGCUUUGACAAAGAAAACAAAGAUCUACGAAGCUUUUUGGGGACCAAGUACACCAAAGUGUAUAUGAUGCACAGAGCAGGCGUGUACCGUCACUAUGAGGACAUAGAGAAUAUGGUGCAGGUGUUGGAGCUGGGUCUGUGGGGUGGAAAGGCCAGCAUGGUGCUUCUGUUGCCUUUCCAUGUGGAGAGUUUGGCCAGGCUGGAGCGUGUGCUGACACUUGAGCAGCUGGAGAACUGGCUGGGGAAACUGAGCAGCAUGAGCAUGGCAUUGUCUCUGCCCAGGGUCAAUAUCAGCAGCACACUCAGCCUACAGAAACAGUUAGCCGCACUGGGCGUGGUCGAUGCCUGGGACCAAAAAGUGGCAGAUUUCUCUAGUCUCGGGAAGGGGAAGCUUCAUCUGAGUGACGUUCUUCAUUGGGCAUCCCUGGAACUGGCGUCCGAUUCAGGCAGUGAGGACCGCGUUGAGGAGGAAGAGCAUGUGGAGAAACCCAAACCUUUCUAUGCAGAUCAUUCCUUUAUUAUCCUGGUGAAGGAUAACAGCACUGGAGCUCUGCUGUUGUUGGGUGCACUGGAUCUAGCAGAAGGACCUGCACUGCAUGAUGAGCUAUAGAUGAUGGAUGUAGUAUUGAUACUUUAUUAAAAUAUCUCAAUGUUUACUAACCAAAUGAAAUGGCUCAUCAAAGAAAAUGACAAGGGUGUCCAGUAUUAGCCGGAGAGGGCGAGUGUAUGUGCAGAUUUUCAAUCCAACUAAGCCACAAGUGAGUCUAUUUUAAACCAAAAUCAACUGAUUGAACAGGUAGAAACAGAUGUGGCUCCUGCUUGAUUAGAAGGAAAGCCUGCACCCAUACCAAGCUUUUGUAGAUAAGAUUCUACACUGCUGAUCUAAGCCUUUUGUUCAGUGACACUGUAUAUACAUAUAUUUUUUAAAUAAAGGUAUGUGAUGAGUGAGUAAUUAUACGUCCAAUUUUAAAGUGCUGCAAGUGGGAAAAAAACACAAGACACGAUUAAGGGUCGGCAGAAGCUCGUAUUAUUUCUAACACCUAUCGAGCUCCAUUAAAUGUGCAAAGAAGAGCUAAUGGAAGGUGUAAAACGAUUUAUUAGAGCUUUGAAAAUCUGGGCGAACAAUUUCACCCAGGCUGAACCUGGAACUCAUUCCAUUAUUGUAACAAACGGGCUCACCAUGAGCGCACACCAGGCAUUCACACACUGAUGGCCCCCCUGAGAGAUUAAUCCUUUUACACUUGUGAAAUAUUCAAUGGAUUGUUCUCAGAUCUCUCUGCGAUAAAGUGUCACUUUUACUUAUAUUCAUAUUGGCAACCUGACACUUCUCCUUCUCGCAUUUUAACACUCAGAGAUCUAAAGACACACUGUACAAAGCAACAUGAUCUUUCCUUUCUUACCAACAACAAUAUCCAACACUUGUAGUCCCAAAGUUGGCAAGCUCAGCCGAGCCCAAGCCAAAGGGUGCGUUUACUUUGUCACCACACACAACUAACCAACUAAAUGAUCUGACAACCGCAAUGAACUUUGACACAGGGUGCUCUCUCUCUCUCUCUCUCUCUCUCUCUCUCUCUCUCUUGUUUUUUCUUAUUGCCCAAUAGAUUGAGAGCUGCAGGGGGUCAUGCUCUAAGCUGGCAUGCCGAGUCCCACUCCAGGAGCAGUCCCCUGGGAGAAAGAUUGCUCAACCAGGCUGUUAUUGAUGGGAUCUGCUUAAUACUAAUGACGCUAAUGACUCGAGACCACUGUCAACACCACAGGCAGACGAUAAACCUUUAAUCUUUUAAUGCCUCUUUGGAUCAAUGGAGGCUGUGCCCUUGUGACGCCGUUGUCCAUUUAGAGUGGUUAGGAAUUACAUUAAAAAUGUUUCUGUUUGUGUUUUUAUUUUGUGUGUGUGUGUGUAAUGUAUCAUGUGUUUUUUUUUUUUCAUUUUAUAAUUAAACAAACGUUCUCAGUUAUG